AUGUCAGAGUCGAAAGCAAAGAAUAUGCUCCAAAAGUUGUCGUUGACUCCAAAAAGAAAUCAUGAGAACGAUGGAGCAAAAUCGGUGGAAACCGAAGAAGAUCUCCUUUAUAAAUUGAAGGCGAUGCAAGAAGAGAAUGAUUACACUCACAUCUGGAUGACUUAUGAGAAACUGGCAACACUUGUUGAAAAUAGAAGUACAGAUAAAACGAGAAGACCUGAAUAUGGAAAACUGAUGUUCUAUUAUCAAUCAGCUGCACAGGCUCUGGUUAAAAUAUGGAAAAGAGAUUCCCUACUUCCAUUCGAACAAUAUCUGGGCGGAGACGUUUCUCGUUUAUACAACAAAGCAAUCGACAUUGCAGUCAGAUACAUGGAUCCUACUGUAGUGCAUACUGUAUCCAGAGAAGCUGGAAUUGCUUUGAUGAGUAUGGAUAAAUAUGUGGAAGCGAGGGAUGUAUUUGUGAGAGGAGAACAACAAUUAGAAGCAGUUACUCCUGAUUGUCAACCAGAUUUCAUGGAGCGUCUCAUCGUUUUGUAUGGUAUAAUGAAUACUCUUUUGAUUGAAGAAAGAUGGAAUGACUACAUGGUUUACACUGAUAAAAUAUGGAUGAUGACGAUGAAAGAAGAUAAAAGAUGCCCACUUUUAGAGAACAUUAUAAAGGAAGUUGAACAGAUUGCAGUUCUUCUGUUAGUUUAUCAGAAGAAAGUUGAAUGCAGUGAACGACAUAAACAACUUUUAGCUUCGUACAGAAUGGACGAUUGGCAAGCUCCGAUUACAAGGCAUAAUCCUCCACUUUCAUCAUUAAGCUCAUCUGAACAAAAGGUUUUCCGAAGAUUUCUAUUUUAUGUGACAUCCACUAAAAGGAGUUAUGAGAAGUGCUCCCAAAUGAUUCCAAAAAUCACGGAAAUCGUGGCUCGACCGUUCCGAAUCGAAGUAUACAAUGACAAUGAAAAACUGAAAAACCGUAGUCACGUUGCAAUCUACAGUAGGACAUCGAUUACAUUCUUCCAUCAUUCAGCACUCAAUUACUCUCCAUUUGUACUUUAUAGGUCCUAA